CCCCUCCAACCCAGGUAAAGAUCCUGACCUAAGGACCUAAGGACUUGCAACCACCAAGCCUAAGCUCAGAGAUGGAAGCAAAUGAGAUCACAGACAGUCCUCAGGUCACCAAGGAUGCAGAGAACCGCCCUUCAUUAAAGGACCCUUCCGCUGAAGACUUGCGGGAGCCCACUAGUCUCGAAACUGAAACUUCCGCGGAUCUUUCCGGCUCACAGUCCUCUUUACAGCUUCCUGUCUCCGACGCCCUUUUUGUAACAAACGCUUCGCCAAAUCCUGAGACUGAGGCCUCUGAGAGCCUCUUGGGGCCACCUGACUCUGAAACUCCCUUAAAGUCCCAUACCACUGAGAUUCUUUCCACACCAUCCCAGGUUUCCUUCGAGGCCCCAGACUUUGAAACUCUCUCAAAGUCUCCCCAGCCUGUGACCUCUCUAGAAAAAGCCAUCGCCGAGAUCCCUUUGGAGAGCCUUACAGAUGAGAUUCACAGUUCUAAGGUCAAAAAAAAGUCUCGUAAGCUCUCACCAGCAGUCAAUCUCCCUGCAUCUCCCCGUAAGCUUUCUUCUCCUAAAGGCCCAGAGACCCAGGACCCUGGAUCUGAACACAUCCCCAAGCACUCCCUUUCAGGACCUUCCAGCCAGGCCCCCGCGGAUACAGAGCCAGCUGCAAAGCAGGAGGAAGCAAGGGAAGAGGAGCCAAUAGUGGGGACCAGUACCAUCUCUGCUCCUGCAGCCAAGCCCGAGUCUCGUGUGAGCAAGAAGGAGAAAAGAGUUAGCGGUUACACAAGCCGCCCAGUGGUCCCUGCUAAGCGGGCAGAGCUGGUGGAUAUGGCUAAGGCAAUGCACAGAGAACAUUUUGGUACUCAAGUGGAGUAUCUUUUCCAAUGGGAGAAGGAUUCAGCCCUGAAGGCCAUCCAGACAGGUCUUUACAUUGGAUGGCGCUGCCCUCAUUACUUAUGGGACUGUUUCCGGAUUGGAGACCAGUCCAGGUGCUUUUGUGGACAUUUGUUGAAAGAACACCAGAUCAUCUCAGAUCUGUCGGUGCCCUGCCGCGUGAGCCAGUGCAGGUGCCUCAUGUUUUGUUUCAUCCCAUCACGCCCAGAGGAGGUGGGUGAGUUCUGGCUUAAGAGACGGGCCACCUUCGACCCCAAAGCAUGGAGAGCCCAGUGUCGCUGUAAGCAUACUCAUGAAGAACAUGCAGCCACCGGAGCGCAUCCCUGCAGGCACCGCGGCUGUGGCUGCAACAGUUUUGAGUCAAAUUUCCUCUGUGUGGCCUGUGACCGGCGCUGGGAGGAACACGAGACUUUCUUUGAGACUGAGGAGACCAGGCGAAGAGGAGGGAGACCUUAUGGGGCAGACACUGUCAACAACUGGCACAGGCCUUUCUGA